AUAUCAAACUUAUUUGCCAAAGAUGAGAUCUUGGAAUUGUGUGGUGAGUUGGUUCCCAUUAUGAAGAAGGAGUUCCCUAGACGUCCUCCCACCCAAGAAGCUCUGUACGAUUAUUUCAUAUCCAGAGCCCGUGCUAAUCUUCAUAUUGUC